AUGGGCUGCGGAUCAUCGGGCAACGUGGUGCCUGCUCAUGAGGAGGCUGCCAACGGCCACAGUAAAGCUAAAAAUGGAGUCCAGAACUUACAUGCAAUCGCAUUCGAAAUCCCUUUGGAAGAAAUCGAUGGAAACCGACGGGAUACUAACACGCCGCCGCCACAUUUGCAGCGGUUGUUGCAGCCGUCACAAGCUGACAUCAGCUUACCGGAUAUUGAAGAAAAAUUGGCAGAAGCUGAGCAGCGACGACUUACUGAGCAUUCCGAGACGAACAAACAUCUCACGAACGCCGUGACAAUAUCACCAGAUCCGGGAGUAUACGAAGACAAAUAUAUUACCUAG